CCAGCUCUGCGUGCCGCGGGCAGCCACUCCAGGGAGUUGACACCGCAGCUGGGCAUCUAUCAUGAUGGGCCAGAGGCGGCACCACAGUGGGGCUAUUUUGUGCCAUUGGCRCCCAACUGCUUCUUCAGUCCGCCCAUGCAACGGCGUCGUUUUAGAGAGAAGGAGAACGAUCGCAACCGUCGUGCGGUUAGCUAUGGCGGCGGCGGCGGCAACUCGCCGACCCACUGUGCCACCAUACCGCGUGCAGCACCGCGUCGUGUGGCGCUCAUGAAGGAGCCACCGCCGCCGCCGCCGCCCAAGCCCCAACUAACGUCGAAGGCAUCGCUGCAGUCCACAGACUCCUCGCAUGCGUCCAGCAUCAUAGCCAGCAAGUAUCCGCAGUCUGAGUACAAUCUCAUACAGAAGAUCGACUCGAACAGCACGCUGACUGCACCGGCUCAGUACCAGCCGCAGAAUUUCUAUGCCAACACCGGCACCAUAUCCUCCACCAACGGUGGCUAUUCGUCCCUGCUGUGCCAUGCCAGCUCCACGGCCAGUCCGUUGGCGGUGCGGAAGCGGGACAAGCUGCUCCAUCGCUUCAGCGAUGCGGCCACAYUGGGACGCAAGCUCAAGAAGAAGAAGAACACGAAUCGCACCUGCCGCUCCAUGACCGAAGCCAUCGAGAUGCUCGCCGAUCCGGUCAUCGAGGAUGAGUUUUUUGUAAGUAAACGAAGCCAUUUCUUAUCAAAUUUCUAGAUACACAAACAUACA